UCGAACACUUGCCGGGGAACCAAACCGCUCUGCGCUCCGUGUCUCUCCGUCGCACCGCCGCCGCAGCUUGCAGAACAGGGAGGGGAGCGGAGAGAUCGAGCCUGCGGGAGGCUGGGAAUGCAGAUGGGCUCCUACUACUACGCCAGCUUCCACGACGAGGCCCCCUUCUACCUGCACGGCGCCGCGCCGGCCUCCCCGGAGCUGCCAUUCGGCCUCAUUGCCUCGCCAGGGGAGCCGUCCAGCGUGUCGCAGCCGCCGAGGGCUGGCGCGUUCCAGGAUUACCGCGGGGCCGGACUUGAGCUGCUCCCGGCCGGGGCGCGGGCGCCACACGGGAGCGGGACGAACGUCGACAGGAGGGUGGUUGACGCGCUGGGCAGGAUGGGUGGAGAUCGUGAACAGAGGGACGAGGAGGAGGAGCGGCGCCAGCCGGCGGACACGGUGGAGAGCAGCCGCGGGUUCCGGCACAUGAUGCGGGAGCGGCAGCGUCGCGAGAAGCUCAGCCAGAGCUACGCCGACCUCUACGCCAUGGUCUCCGCCAGGUCCAAGGGGGACAAGAACUCGGUCGUGCAGUCCGCGGCGAUCUACAUCCACGAGCUCAAGGGCGCGCGGGACCAGCUGCAGCGGCGGAACGAGGAGCUCAAGGCCAAGAUCCUCGGCCACGACGCGCGGCAGCAGUGCGUCGAGAUUCAGUUCGAGGUCGACGAGACGUCGUCGGCGAUCGACUCCAUGAUCGGAGCCCUCAGGCGCCUCAAGAGCAUGGACGUGAGGGCGAGAGGGAUCCGGUCGAACAUGUCCGACGGCAGGCUGUGGAUGCAGUGGCGAACCUAGAACGAAAUAGAGGAGAUGUAAGAUUUUACUAUGAGUAUAACACUAUAUAUAAUUUCAAGCAGUGUUCAAUAUAAUCGGUGAUUUUAACA